UUUGACACUUGUCCACUCAGACCUCAGACUGGAGGCAGGUUGAUUAUUGGGAGCCACCGGCUAGGAUAGACAAUGAUGAGGCGGUGAAGUGCUGCUAAUGAAAGUGUAGUUCGCGUAUAUCCUGUCAGAUCUAUACAUAUUUUACGACUUCUUGUGCAAAAAAAUGACGACGACCACGACAUUUCAAGGGAUGGAGCCCGGUUCUAAAAGCAGUUCCAGGGUUUUGCGCCCUCCUGGCGGCGCCUCCAACUUUUCACUUGGUGCAGAUGGAGAGAAGCCUCCCGUCCGGAAAAACAAGAUGGCCUCCAGUGUUUUCGCUGAGCCAGAGGACCCCUAUGCUAAUCGAAGGAACAACCCACCAGGUGGGAAGCCCACAGGUGUGCUUUGUGGUGAGCCGUCAGCCCCCCUGAGGAGAGGAGGGACCCAGACCACCAACAACUCUGCAGACGCCCCCGCCACAGAUGGAGAAACUUCCGUACGUGAUUAUGAAAGCAGUGCUCCUGAGCCUGAAGCAGUUCCCGAGCAGAAGGAGGAGGCCCCUCCAGCUGACGAUCCCGCGGCAGGAUUACUGUCCGGUCGCAGGAAUCCCCCAGGGGGCAAGUCUAGCCUCGUCCUGGGUUGAAUCCCUGUGAACUACACCUCCCGACAUAACUCAUCUCUGAACUUGUCUCUAUUUUAUUUAUUUAUUUUUUUACCAAGGAAUCCCGACCCAUUUGUCUGUACCGCUGGAAUUCUAUCUGAUGUCCAACAGACACCAGUUUCCUCCACACCCCCAAGUGCAUUGUUUUGAUACCUCUUUUUUGAAAACUGUUUUGUACUGUUUUUAUUGUUUGUUUGUUUUGACAGAAGCACUUUAUGUAUUUCUACGGAUAUGGUUCAAAGUCUGCCUUUGCCACGCAUUAGUCAUGCCAAGCAGGUUACAUGGAUCAUAUUUCUCAUAUCAACAAGUGAUAAAUUAAUCUCCCCUAACUUUAUUACGACAGCACAAGCUGUGCGUCAUUUUACAAGCAGUGUCCAGAACACAAGCAAACAAAAAAGCUGUCACUUUUGCACUGUGUUCAGUUUUGACCCAUCUUGCAUGCACGUCUGGUCUGUAACGUAUGAAUGUGAGAAGAAACAUAACUGUGAAGAUUUUUUUUAUUUAUUUCAUCUGUUUGUCAGUUGUUUUUUUGUGGAAUAAUUGUCGUAUUGUUGUUGCAUGAAGUUGGACUCUUUCUACUGAUUAUAUUAUCAUCCACUUAGGAGCCAAAUAGAAGCCACAUAAAUUACUGUCAUUGUGAUCUGAAGGAUGCAAACAUUAAUCUUCAGAUGAGUACCGUAGGUCCCAUGUCAGGUAACUGAAUUGGAAUAAGCCUUUUUUAUAUUGUAGUCACAAACCUUAGAUUAGUGUAACCCCAGUGCCAGUUUUGAGUGCUCCAUGUUUUUUAUAGGUAAAUUUACUCUUAAAUAAAGUGUGCCUGUUUGUGUGUUAGGCUACAGCAUCAAAUAAGGUUGGGUUUCCACAAUUGCAUCCUACGAGUGUCGGCCUAGUUUUCCAUUGUGGGUCAAUGGAAUGUUGUUGGUCCUGACAUGUUUCUGGUAAACCCAUCCUAGAUUUGACAAGUGACCUUAUUACAGCUCUGCCUUUUUUUCUAUGUUUUAUCCCCCUUUAUACAUUUGUUUAUCAUCCUGCUCACUGGAAAUAUAGAAAGGUCUUUUUGUACAUUUCAUUGUCGCAUUAUUUAAACCAAAAUUCAAACUUCCUCCUGCUUCUGUCUUGUUGAGUCACGUGGGUGACUGCUUUGUCAGCCAGCCGUCAUGCAAGAAGACCUACAUUUCAAGCACAUGAAAUGUAAUUCCUGUGGUGUCUAUUUUUAACGUCUCUUAUGAUGCAAGAUAUGUCUGUUUGCAUCUUAUAUCAAUUCCUGUUGCUGGAUGUAAGUCACUGCAGAAAUUUGAAAACAAGAAAUGGCACAAGUGGAAAAUUAACAUUAAAAAACAAUUUUGACCAUG